ACCAUAUCAUUCCAUUAGAAAACGUUCCAAGUGGAUCUGCUUAAUACGUUGCUUUUCUUACAGCUUCAAUGAAAAACUGAUAAUUAUUUAAAGGUCAUGAUGAACUAAUUGGAUAUCUAGUUCUCUCUGCUAUUUUCUCACAUAUUAUCCAAUAAGAUCAAGCCUAAGUAUAAAGAAAAAGAUGAUCACGUGGGCUGUCAUGGUAUCCUCUCUUGUGUUUCUAACUGCCGCACAUUCGUCCCUACAGUCUGACGAGUAUUUUGAGUAUUACGAGGAUGAGAAACACCACUACAUGCUCGAGGACCCAGAGAACUCAAGUUCUACUGUAGAGAACACCAUUCCUCCAGCGUCCAAGGUAGUCAUUCCAAUAGACACAACAGAUGAAGAACUAGGACUUCCUUCAAUACAGAAAGAAAUAAUCUCUAAUAAUAACGUCACACACGUAACAAACGACGCAAGCAAAAGCCCUCAGUUAGGACCUGUGCCAAGGAAUAAUAUUAGUAAUCAUAAUUCUCAAACAUUAUCAAAUAAAGAAGCUUCACAUAGUAAUUCCUCUCGUCAAAACAUUAAAAAACAAUUUAAAAACAAACCAGCUCAUGGAUUCCCCACAGUUCCUUUGUCAAGGAAAAGUGGUACAAAUAAAACCGAAGAAACUAAUGAAAAAAUCUUAAUAAAAUCUUCAUUGCCUCUAAAAAGUAAUCAUAAACUCUUGAGGCAAGAAAAUACUCAUGAUGCUAUACCAACAAACCGUAUUCACAAUUAUACGUUUAACUCAAUAAAUAAUAACAACGUACCAAUAUCAUCAGUUGUGGAAUUAAAAAAUAAAAAUGAGUCAUUUGAGACCGGUCUCAAGUCUAGUCAGUCUUUCCAUGGGUUAGAGAAACACAAAAUCUACAGAAGAUCUUCUUAUAACAACAAACCUAAAGUCAUGCAUCCAUUUGGAGAAACUGCAGUUGUUCAUCUAGCAGACAUUUUAACUAAAAAUAAAAUCUUGUAUGGCAAAGGAAACCCCAGUAAUAAAAAGACCUUCCUAAUAAAAAAACCUUUGCACUUACAUAAAGAGAGUAAGGAAUCUGAUAAUUCAAAUUCUAACAGAAAAGAAGAUUCAUACUACGUUGCAGAAGAAGCAAAACUCUUAAAUUCAGGUCGUUCUCAUAAUGAAGUUCUAAUCGGCGGUAAUGUAUUACAGGAUAUAGUAAACCAAGAUAAAGUUACUGAGCUACCUGCGAUAAAGUAUAGGAAUAAGAGAUUAGGAUUUGAUAUCAUCGAUUAUGGUGGAGAUACCGUAUUAAUAAACCCAAAAAUCAAUUCAAAAACGAUCUCAAGUAGAAAAUUACAAAAUUAUACUUCUCCAGAUACAGACAGAUAUGCUGAGAACAAUGGUUUACUUGCAUUGAGUAUUCCUAUUUCCACAAUCAUUAAAGAUAAUCGAAUUAACCCAAGCUUAUUAGACAGUACAGAUGAAGCACCACUUUCUGCAGAUAUAUCUACAUCAAGUUCUAAUUACCCAGGACAAUCAUCAAGUACUAAAUCAGAAACUAAAUCACCACCUGAGGAUCUUUUAUCAGAUACUACAUCAUUACCUGUGUAUUUUUCAUCGGGUACUACAUCAUUACCUAUGGACGUUUUACCAGAUACUACAUCAUUACCUGUGGAUGUUUUAUCGGAUACUACAUCAUUACCUGUGGAUUUUUCAUUGGAUACUACAUCAUUACCUGUGGAUAUUUUAUCGGAUACUACAUCAUUACCUAUGGACGUUUUAUCAGAUACUAGAUCAUUACCUGAGGAUGUUUCAUCGGAUACUAUAUUAUUACCUAUGGAUUUUGUAUCGGAUACCACAUCAUUACCUGUGGACUUUUCAUCGGAUACUACGUCAUUACCAGUUUAUGUAUUAUCACAUACUACAUCAUUACCUAUGGAUGUAUCAUUAGAUACUGCAUCAUUACCUGUGACUCUUGUAUCAGACGAAUCCACUUCCGCAGAAUCAAUAAAUAUUACUCACUAUUUAAUAUUAAACAACAUAAUGCCAGCUUCUAAUGGAACAUAUCACGAUGAAGAUUUUGAAUCAGGUCAUUUGUUAUCCGAUAAACAUGAGGCUAAAAUCCUGGAUAGUUCGAAACGAAAUAACAGUUCAACUCCAGUUCUACAUUUAAACACUCGUGAUAGAUCUCCUAAGACUGUUGAUCAUGCAACGACGGAAUCGAUAUAUAAUUUAACAGAAGAUUUGCAAACUGCAGAAAAUGUUAAUUCAAGUUUGCUUCCAGAUGCUAUUAAAUAUGGCCCAACUCCUUUUUUACAAUAUAAUGAAACGAAUAGUAACAACUCGUUAAAUAUUGGAACUGCACAACAUAAUAGUAGUAACUUAGAAAUUCACAAUAUCACCUAUAAUUUUAAAACAUAUACUCGUACUCCUGUGGUGUUACGUGAUACUCACCAACCUCGUGUUAAACCUACGACAAGUAAUUAUUCGAAAAACAUUGCAGAAACUACGAAUGCUUCCUUCAUAUAUCCUAAAACAUCAAUCUAUCCACACAAUAAAAUAUCUUUGGAUGAGAUGAAUAAAACUGUUGAAUUAACACUACCGAGUAAAAAUAAGAGUGACACAAAAAGAAGGCUAGAAAUUGAACCCAUGGAUGGUGAAGUGCUUCAUAGUUAUGAACAUAUUUCAUAUCCUUUGAACUAUACCGUCAAGGAAAAAUAUAUUCCACUACCUAGAAACUCUUCAGGCUUUGAAAUACUGAGGAAGCUUAAUGUUUCAUUCCCCCUUGCGCUAUACAAACUUCCACCGCGCGUAAAAAUGAUUACUACAAAAAUAAUAAGGAAGAGAAGAGUUAAGAAACCGAGGCGAAAAGCUUUAGCGGACCACAUGAAACCAAAUACAUCUGACUCUUCUCAUGAGGAAAUUAUUACACUGCCAGUUUUAGAAAAUACAACUACACUUGAUGUUAACGAAAUAUCUGCGGAAACAAUAAAAAAUGAAACAACUUUCAUUCCAACCAAUAAUAAUAGAAAUGAUAAUAGUACAUUAUUAACAAAAGAUCAAAGUACUGUCACUAGAGAGACGCCCCUCAACCAGAGUACACAGCAUAUAGUUACGCUACAAAAUUAUGAAGACAGUUUAAAAGAACUAAUAUUAAAUAGUUCAAAGGAGAGCAAAACAGAUAGUCCAGUCAUACACACAUUCCUUACUACCAAUACUACAGAUCACGUACAAGACAAACUUGUAGAAAAACGUAUUCAUAUCAAACCCGAAAGGGAAAAAACUCAAGAUUAUUCGGAGGGCAAUACAAAUGAGAAUAUGGACAACACAGAUGAAUUUAAAGAUGCAUAUGUUACAACGGAACCAAAUGUUACAGACAUGUGUGAACUUCAUGAUUAUUCACCCUUUCUGGGUUUGAAUCCAAAUAAUAAAAUUAUAGAUACGAACAGAAGGUCUGGAGCUCUGAAGGACAAUAUUAAAUAUUACACUACAUCCUCUGCUGAUAAUGCUAGAAAAAUAGUCACGUUUAAGAAAGAAAUAAAAGAUGCAAAAUCUGAUCCAUCUAAAAUGUAUACUAAAAUCUCAAUGAGUAAUUUUGUAAGUAAGCCUUCUAAUGAUAAACGUGAUGAGCCACAAAUUCGUGUGCAUGCUGACUCAAAUUUAGUCAAUUAUUUACUAGACAAGGGGCAAUCGAAAGAAAAUUCAAAAGAAUGGAUGGAUUAUGAAGCUAUUACUGUGGAACCUGAUUUAUCACAAGGUUUAAAAGCUACAGAAAAUGAUAGUAGCGUUUUUGAAACUGUUAUAGAAACAAAAUCCAUUACUAAGAAUACAAAAACAGUUAGAAUAAACCGGUUGCCUAAAAAUAUUAUCAACGUUGAAAUUGUAGCAUAAAAUAAAUUUGAACCUCACUUAUUUCAAUAUUAAAACAUUUUUAAAAAAGAAA